GCAAAAUGCCAGCCCCUGAGCAGACCCCGAUGGUGGAGGAGGGGUUGCCGCAGACCACGCAGGAACCUUCCACAGGCCCGGGCAUGGAACCAGAGGCCACUGCCACUACCAUUUUGGCUUCUGUAAAGGAACAGGAGCUCCAAUUUCAAAGACUUACCAGAGAACUGGAAGUGGAAAGGCAAAUUGUGGCUAAUCAGCUAGAAAGAUGUAGGCUUGGAGCAGAGUCACCAAGUAUCGCCAGCACAAGCUCUACUGAGAAGUCAUUUCCGUGGAGAUCAUCAGAUCCUCCGAGCACCGGUGUAAGCAAAGCCCGAGCGUCAGAGACCGUUCACACCAAUGCCUAUGACAUUAGGACAGAGCCAGAGCAGGGGAACCUCUACUCACCGGAACAGACGUCUCUCCAUGAAAGUGAGGGGUCUGUAGGUAACUCCAGAAGUUCAACACAAAUGAAUUCUUAUUCUGACAGCGGUUACCAGGAAGUAAGCAGUUUCCAUAACAGCCAAAACUUGAGCAAAUCAGAAAACAGACAGCAUUCCCUUACUGGAACCACUAAUAACCAUUUGGUGAGAAGCUCACGAGCUGAAGGGCAGACAUCAGUCCAGCCUGUCGCUACCAAUCGAGUCAUGAGGCGCGUCAGCUCGGUCCCGUCCCGAGCACAGUCCCCCUCCUACGUGGUCAGCACAGGGGUUUCCCCCUCCCGGGGGUCUCUGCGGGCCUCCCUGGGCAGCGGGUACGGCUCUCCCCCGGUCUCCGAGCAGAGGCCCCUUCCUUCUCACGCCUACUCCUCCACCACGCUGCCGGCCCAGCGGGCAGCCUCCCCGUUCUCUGCCCAGCGACCUGCCUCCCCCACGGCCCUGCGGCGCGUGGGCUCCGGUGCCUCCCGGCAGACGGCAAACCCCGGCGGCGGCGGCGCUCCCCAGUACCAGGCCUCGGUCAGGGUGGGCUCCCCUCUGGCCCUCACCGACGUACAGACCAGGGUGGCUUCUCCCUCCCAAACGCAGCUGGGAUCCUCUUCCCCCAAGCAUUCCGGCAUGACGGCGGUUCCCCAGCACUUGGGAACAACGCUGCAAAGGACGAUUCACGACAUGGAGCAGUACGGGCAGCAGUACGACAUCUAUGAGAGAAUGGUGCCUCCACGGCCAGAUAGCCUUACAGGCCUGAGGAGUUCCUACGCCAGCCAGCACAGUCAGCUGGGGCAAGACCUGCGCUCAGCCGUGUCUCCAGACCUGCACAUCACCCCCAUCUACGAGGGCAGAACGUACUACAGCCCCAUCUACCGCAGCCCCAACCACGGCACCAUUGAGCUGCACCAGGGCUCCCAGUCGGCGCUGUACCGAACCGGGUCCGGAGUGGGAAACCUGCAGAGAUCGUCCAGCCAGCGCAGCACCCUCACGUACCAAAGAAACAGCUACGGGCUGAGCACGGCCGCGGCCUACGCCGAGCCCUACCGGCCCCUGCCCUUCCGCCUGCCCGAGCCCGGAUACCGCCUCCAGCACCCGCCGCCCCCCGAGGAGGGCACCACGCGCUCCCCCUCCAUCGACAGCAUCCAGAAGGACCCCAGGGAGUUUGCCUGGCGGGAUCCGGAGCUGCCCGAGGUCAUCCACAUGCUGCAGCACCAGUUCCCCUCGGUGCAGGCCAACGCUGCUGCCUACCUCCAGCACCUCUGCUUCGGGGACAACAAGGUCAAAAACGAGGUGUGCAGGCUGGGGGGAAUCAAGCACCUGGUGGAUCUCCUGGAUCACAGAGUCCUGGAAGUUCAGAAGAACGCCUGCGGCGCCCUCAGAAACCUUGUUUACGGCAAGUCUACCGACGAAAACAAAAUAGCAAUGAAGAACGUUGGUGGGAUACCUGCCCUGCUACGAUUGUUGAGAAAGUCUGUUGAUGCUGAAAUCAAAGAGCUUGUCACAGGGGUCCUCUGGAACUUGUCUUCGUGCGACGCGGUGAAGAUGACAAUCAUUAGAGACGCUCUGUCGACACUAACGAACACUGUGAUAGUGCCACAUUCCGGAUGGAACAGUUCUUCCUUUGAUGAUGAUCAUAAAAUUAAAUUUCAGACCUCUCUGGUUCUGCGCAAUACCACAGGAUGCCUCAGGAACCUGAGCUCCGCAGGGGAAGAAGCUCGGAAGCAGAUGAGAUCCUGCGAUGGGCUGGUGGAUUCCCUGCUCUACGUGAUCCACACCUGCGUCAACACCUCCGAUUAUGACAGCAAGACAGUGGAAAACUGUGUGUGCACCUUGAGGAACCUUUCUUACCGCUUGGAACUGGAGGUCCCUCAGGCACGUCUGCUGGGCAUCAACGAGCUGGAUGACUUGCUGGGGAAAGAGUCGCCCAGCAAAGAUUCGGAGCCAAGUUGCUGGGGGAAAAAAAAGAAGAAGAAAAAAAAAACUUCACAGGAGGAUCAGUGGGACGGAGUUGGCCCUAUCCCUGGAUUUUCCAAGUCCCCAAAAGGGGUGGAGAUGCUGUGGCACCCCUCAGUUGUGAAGCCCUACCUAACGCUCCUGGCGGAAAGCUCCAACCCAGCCACCCUGGAGGGCUCCGCCGGGUCGCUCCAGAACCUCUCGGCCGGCAACUGGAAGUUCGCAGCCUACAUCCGAGCCGCCGUCCGGAAGGAGAAGGGGCUGCCCAUCCUGGUGGAGCUGCUGAGGAUGGACAACGACCGCGUGGUCUCCUCCGUGGCCACCGCCCUGAGGAACAUGGCCUUGGACGUGCGGAACAAGGAGCUCAUCGGCAAAUACGCGAUGCGAGAUCUGGUUAAUCGCCUUCCGGGGAGCAACGGCUCGAGCAUCCUGUCCGACGAGACGGUGGCCGCCAUCUGCUGCGCUCUGCACGAGGUCACCAGCAAGAACAUGGAGAACGCCAAAGCCCUGGCCGACACGGGAGGGAUAGAGAAGCUGGUGAACAUCACCAAGGGGCGGGGGGACAGGUCGUCGCUGAAGGUGGUCAAGGCAGCUGCCCAGGUGCUGAAUACCCUAUGGCAGUACCGAGAUCUCCGCAGCAUUUACAAAAAGGACGGGUGGAAUCAAAGUCAUUUUAUUACACCGGUAUCAACACUAGAGCGAGAGAGGUUCAAGUCACAUCCUUCUUUAUCGACAACAAAUCAGCAGAUGUCACCGGUCAUACAGUCAGUUGGCAGCACGUCCUCAUCUCCAGCCCUCUUAGGAAUUAGAGAACCCCGCUCUGAGUACGACAGAACGCAACCUUCUAUGCAGUAUUACAAUAACCAAGGCGACGUCAUUACACAUAAAGACAUUUAUACUGGUUCCAGCAAACCUUCCCCAAUUUACAUCAGUUCCUACUCCUCACCAGCACGAGAACAGAACCGGCGGCUACAGCAUCAGCAAUUGUACUACAGUCAAGAGGACACCAACAGGAAGAACUAUGAUGCCUACAGACUGUACCUGCAGUCCCCACACAGCUACGAAGACCCCUAUUUCGACGACCGCGUUCACUUUCCUGCUACAGCAGAUUACACGACCCAGUACGGACUGAAAUCAACCACGAAUUACGUAGACUUUUAUUCCACCAGACGAUCUUCUUAUCGAGCAGAACAGUACCCAGGGUCACCCGACUCCUGGGUGUAGCAUCAAAGAGGAGAACAACGGUGUGUUUCUCAUCUUGCUUGGGAAGAAACGGAAUGGCCUCGUUUGCUGUGUCGGUUGUGAAAUGUGAAAGUGAAAUAAAAGAAGGAACAAGGAAGAUUUUAUUUUUAUUUUUUUUUGAGUGAGGAAUUGUCAGGAAGAAAACCUGGAAGGGAUGGUGUUUUGCUCUGUUUAGGUGUUAGGUAUAAUUACUUGUAGCUCCUGUAGUCUGGUGAGGGUGUGGGCGAUGUGAUGAAAGGUUUGAGAAUUGAGUAAAAUGCAUUUGGAAAGCGUGUAGGUCAGAGCAAAUUACAGCUGUUUUUUUUUUUUUUUUUCUGUGAAUAAAAGUCUUGUUCUGAUAGUUUGUACAGAAACAAUACAAUGGAUGACCUUGUUUUAUUGCUAUUACUAAAUGUCAGGAUUGUACGCUAUUCCGUCUUGUAAAUUCCUCUGUUGGUGUAAAUAUGGAAAUGCCACAUCGGUUCAAGUGCCAUCCAUUUGUAACGCAGUCUGUCAUUUUAAAAGGAAUUUGAAACAUCGUGCACAAAAACAAUUCCAAGAAAAUGUUAUAAAUUUUAAAAGAAAAAAACCCAACUUUUAAAAAUGCCUAUUGUAAUUCUGAAGCACAAAGUCCAGUCCGGUGUCUCCCCUCUCCCAUCCCCCCCCAUUCCAUAAGGAACUUCACUGCCAUUUUCUAUGCACAUGGAAUAACAAUAAAUAUGGACGUCUCAUCCAUGGAAA